CACAAGGCUGAUUUAAAUUAAAGGGCCAGCUUUGGUUUUAGGCCAUUUAGCCCUUCUUUGUUUUCCGUUUUUAACUCCCUUAAGCAUCCCCGCUUUGUGGCUCCGUGCUCUUAGGGUUUUAAAGAAGGGUUUCUCUCUCCCUGCCACUUCCAUUUUCCCUCUCUAAAGUGUAAGAAUCCCAAUUCCUGGAAGAGAAGAAGAAAAGCCAUGGAUAGAUAUACCAGGGUCGAAAAACCAAAGCCUGAGUCGCCGAUAAACGAAAACGAGAUCCGUAUCACCUCCGGUGGUCCUGUCAGAAACUAUAUAAGCUAUGCUACUUCCCUUCUUCAGGAGAAACAUGUAAGAGAGGUCGUCUUGAAAGCAAUGGGACAGGCAAUUAGCAAGACAGUAUCCAUUUCAGAGGGUAUAAAGAGAAGAAAUCCCCGUUUGCAUCAAGAUACAGCCAUUAGCUCAGUAAGCAUAAUUGAUGUUUGGGAACCUAUUGAAGAGGGCCUUUUACCUGUGGAACAGACUCGCCAAGUCUCAAUGAUCACAAUCACUUUGUCCUUCAGAGAGCUAAACAAAAAUUCUCCUGGGUAUCAAGCUCCACAGUAUGUGGAACAACCGAAGGAACAGUAUCAGCAGCAGCAACAACAACAGCAACAGCAACCCAGACAAUUGCGUGGUCCAUAUAAUGCCGCUCGUGAUGAUUCAUAUGGCCGAGGGCGUGGUCUUGGUAGGGGGAGAGGGCGGAACCGGGGUAGAGGUGGAUACAGUUAUGGAAAUUAUCAAGGAAACUAUCAAGAUAAUGGUGGUUAUUCAAAUUGGGGUCGUGGUGGUGGACGAGGCAGAAGUUGGGGUUAUCGUGGGACUGGGUAUGAAAGAGGCAGAGGUGGAGGGGGCAGAGGCUAUGGCCGUGGUCGUGGAAGGAUGGGUGGUCGUUCAAGGGGUGGUGGCGGCAACCAGGGAUAAGUAGGGAAUGAGUUCUCUUUUUGCUUUAGCUAAAUGCUUGCCUUGGCCAAUGAGCUAAAUUUUAUCCUGAACUGAUUUUAGUAGCAUGAGAUGUGGCUUAUCAUCAUUGAUUGGUUUUGUGUUUAAUUUUCUCAAUCAUGUGGAUGUGGGCAAGGUUGUUCUGUUCAUUUUUGCAUUUAGCCAAUGGCAAGAGGAGGUUUAUGAUUUUCUGUAAUUUAUUUUUAUCCUUGUGGUUGCAGUUACUAUGUUCAUAUUUGGUUAUCAUAUUUCUUUAUUCCUUUCAAA